CGGUGGAGUUAUCUUAAACAACAAAUCUAAUGUCCUCAACCGGCCCUACGUCAGAGUCUCUCAGACCACGUGACUGCGUGAAGCAUCAGAGAGUGUUUGUUACAGUAUGGCCGAGCAGGCGGUGACAGCGAACGCAGGGGCUGUUGAGAAAAUGCUGUCUGUUGUUGGUGCUCACAGUGUGUUCAGCAGUGUGCGGGGCUACGUGGACACCACAAUGAGGUGGUGCUGGAUCCCCAACUGGCUGCCGUCAUGGUGUCCCACCUCUCAGAGCCAGCUGAAGACCGCAGAGGACAGGAUGCUACAAUGUGUAAACAGCACUUUUACCAAACAGUACAUCCCCAUCUCCAAUGGCAACCUGCUGUGGACUUUAACCUUUAGCUCUGACAGUGUGAAAAACAAAACCCCCAUGGUUCUGCUCCAUGGUUUCGGAGGUGGUGUGGGCCUCUGGGCUCAGAACCUCGAUGCUCUGUCCCAGCGUCGGCCCGUCUUCGCUUUUGACCUGCUGGGCUUCGGCCAGAGCAGCCGGCCCGUGUUCUCCUCAGAUGCCCAGGAGGCGGAGGACCAGUUUGUGGAGUCCAUAGAGCAGUGGAGGGCCAAAAUGGGUCUGGAGACCAUGGUACUGCUGGGACACAACCUGGGAGGAUACCUGGCUGUGUCAUACGCUAUUAAAUAUCCAAGCAGAGUAAAGCAUAUAGUCCUGGUGGAGCCCUGGGGUUUCCCCGAUCGUCCAGACACAGCAGAGGCGGACCGUCCCAUCCCGGUGUGGAUCAAAGCUCUCGGAGCCAUGUUCAGUCCUUUCAACCCCCUGGCUGGCCUGAGACUUGUUGGACCACUGGGUCCCACUCUGGUCCAGACUCUGAGACCCGACUUCAAGAGGAAGUUCUCCUCCAUGUUUAGUGACAACACUGUCUCAGAGUACAUCUACCACCUGAACGUGCAAACCCCGAGUGGGGAAACAGCUUUUAAGAAUAUGACCAUUCCCUACGGCUGGGCUAAGAGACCCAUGCUGCAGAGGAUGGACCAGCUCCAGCCCGCCAUCCCCAUCACCAUCGUCUACGGCUCCCGCUCCAGCAUCGACAGCAACUCAGGCAGCGUCAUCAAAGAGACAAGGCCACGCUCUCGUGUGGAGAUCAUUUCAAUCCGUGGGGCUGGACAUUACGUAUACGCUGACCAGCCAGAGGACUUCAACCGCAGAGUUUUGCAAGUAUUUGAUAAAGUGGACUGAAGCAGGGAUGAGCUAGCUUUCUGGACUCUGGAGAAAAAGGGGAGCGCCAAUAACAGGCAAAACUUCAGCAGGCGGUGCCACAAGAUCCCAGUCUCUCAAAGCAGGAAUAAGGACUGUUUAUUCAUAAAAGUAUCUAAAAGGAGCAGUGAUCAGAGUUCGACUCAUAUGUCAUGACACGCUGAAGUUCAUAUGUUAUGUGAUAUUCAGUGAUAUUCUUAGAAACCUGGGGCCAUAUUCACAAACAUUCUGAGAAUCCUCUGAGAGCUCCUCAGUUAACCUAAACAUUUCUAGCAAGGAAUCCUCAAGUCCUCAAUUUUCCUAAAUCAAGGAGUGAUUUAGGAAAAUUCUCAGAGCACUUCUGAGCAAGGAAGGGACAGAAACCCUUACCUUAGUUAGGAGGUGUGGUUGACCCUGUUGCUAGGUAUGACUCAUUUUUUAAAAUGUGAUUGGUUCAAAAAAAUAAAAAAUAAAAAUCACUCUAAUGACAAUGACAGAAUGGCCAGUGAAAUCAAUAGGCCUAAUCAUAGAAUUUAUUCUCUAUUAAGACAUGGUGUAAUUAUAAAUACUAUUUUAUGUAAUGAACAUCUCUGUUGAAUAAAUUGUGAGCCAUUCUUUAAAAGUAGCCUGUGAAACAUUUGAAACCACAGGCCUACUUGUGCAGUAGCCUGUUCAUAUGCUGAUAGUUGUUACACUUAUUUGCUUAUAUUUAUUCACCAUGCUGGUCAUUUUAGUAGUUAAUCCAUUUGAUAUUAAUGAGGGAAAAUGGCUCAGCUUUAAUCUAUUUCUGUAAUUGUUGGCCAGUCUAUAGAAGUAGCAGUGUUGGUUGGCAUGUAGAUUUUUUUUUUUCCAGCUGCCAAAUAUCUUAGUGUUGUGAUCACUUUCUGGCAUUAUAGCGUUGUCGCGUUGGGUGGGAGGUGUGAGCGCAUCUUUAACGAGAUCGACCACAAACAUCCCUGCACCAUCUUAUCUGUAGUGUUUCAUUAACUCACUGUCAAUCAGCGUUUGGAGAAUAUUUCUCCUACCUCUUUGUCUUUCUAUUUCUAUUUUUCUCCUCUACUUUAGAAACUCUUAAGCCUCUUAAAAGUCCUCCUCCCUACUCCUAACAGUUUUUCACCUUAGGAGCUCUCUUUAGGGCGAAGAUGCUUCGUGAAUAACUUUUAUUCUUACCAAUUCUUAGAAAACGUCACAAUUCUAAUUUUCCUAGAAUUUCGUCACUAGGAGUAACUCUUUGUACUAGAAAGCUUUAUGAAUACGGCCCCAGAUGAAUACAGGCCCUGAGAUGACAUCACAGUUCAAGUCCCCAUUAAAAUGCUUUUUAGCAGCAUUCCCACACUGAUGAAUUGAUGCCCAUGGGAUUGUAUCACAUGAUUCCCUCACAUUACAUGUUUUAGCGCAUAAACUCACAUAAAUUAACACACACACACACACAGGUGGUGUUGCAGCUUCUUGGUUAAUUAAUCUAAACAACAGUUAUACUGUAUUUUCUCAGAAUUACCUCUCUCAAAUGCAAUGAAGAAAAGGAACAUGGACAACCACAAAGCCUCAGCUUUUAGUGAAUGUACAUUAUUGUCUAUAUGUGGCCUUUAAUCACUCCUGUAGUAGGGUAUCAAAUUAGGAAAGUGAACACAAACUGACCCAAACAUGCAACAAUAACUUUUUUAAAAAUAUAUUUUUUUAUAAUAUGGAAAUCCUUAAAAGGUAAAUUGAUAUUAUACACAUAUAUUUUUGAUAAAAAACACACUCACACUGAACAUUUUAGAAGACUUAUUUAUAAGAUAUAAACAUAUGAUACUUAGUCAUGCUUUAAACGAUAUCAAACUGAAACAGAAUCCGUGUUAGUGCAUGAUAUCACUGCAUUCAAAAGCUCACUUGCAGUGUCAUGUAUUUCCUGUACACAGUGCUCAACCUGUGGUUUGUGGUUUUUCCACAUGAUUCUGAUACAGACAGGAAGCACUCUCUUCAGUACGUCACUGCAUCAGCACCAGGAAGCAGCUAUAGAUUCAUCCGCUACCAAUAAUCUAUUCAAAGUCUGUCCCCUGGGGUAGAGCUGCUUGUUUUAUUUGUUUGUGUGUUUGUUUCUUGCCUUUUCUGUCUAACUCAAAUGUUCAUUUCAGUUGCAUUUUGGUUGUUGAAGAGCACAGGACCAUAUUUAGACUUAAACGCAGGUGCACAACUCCUGUACCUUUUUGAUAAAGAUACAAAAGUCAUCAUUACAUCUUAAACCGGUGGAACAUAUCGUUUCAUUCAUCAGAGAAACCUGUCAUGUACAAACUGCUGCUAUUUUAAUGUGCCUUUGUUUUCCUGUGACUCAAAUAUACAGUUUGCUCAUCUGAUGAUGUGUGAACAUUCAGAAGUACCAUAGAUCCUCUGCCGGGCAGUGAUGACGCAUGCAGUAUUAUUGUAACAAUAAUAUGUAAUAUGUAACAAAUGUGUGUUCUCUGCCUUUGUUUUUGUAAUGUAACUCUCUUUAGUUUUUCUUGUCUUUUUUGCCUUCUUUGAGCUCUCUCAGUUCAUUUUCUCUAAAAUUAGCAAUGUAUAUAUAAUAUAGUUGGUUUUAUUCUUUGUCACUUACUCAUCGACUUUGAGCCAGCUGCUGUUCCACUAGUGUCUUUCUAAAGAAGUGAAAUGUGUUGCUGGUGAUUAUAUGAUGAUCAUAUUCUAAGAUAAAUGAGUGUCUACUACAGUCUGGCUUGCAAGUAGAAUUAAAACCUUUGUGCCUUAAGUAAUGAUACAUUUGUUAGCAUACAACAAAACUACAGCUCCAUUGGAAGUUUAAUAUCGAUGUAUUGAUGUAUUUAUAACCACCAAUGAGCUGACGAGCUGAUGGCCGUCAAAGGUGUUGCCUGUAUGUAAAACGGUGUUCAUUAAAGGCCU